CAGGGAAGACCUCCAAAGUCUUUUUCCCUCACAAUCAACAAAGCUUCGUAGCAGCUUCUCAGCAUCUUCUCUGUGUAAAUUUCCUUAGUUCUACCAAAUCUUCCCUUUCUCUUAUAAAACCACUCUUAUAAGCUUUCCUUUCCCUUCAUCUUCCAUCGCCAACCAAGCUCUCUUCUUCUUCUUCUUCUUCUCAAAUUUCUGCUACCUUUCUAGCUUCAAAAAUGGCAGCCAAGAGACUCCCUGAAGAAGCAGAUAAGGAAUCAGACAUACGGGAGGGCAAAAGAAUCAGAUCCCUGCCAUCAUUCACAAUGGUUAUCAGGAAAGCAAUGGCUGCAAAUUGUAUACAGAAUUUAUGCCUUGCACUGGAACCUGUUGUUAGAAGAGUGGUGCAGGAAGAGGUUGAAAGGGGGCUUGUUCGACGUGCUUGUCUGCUGCAGAGAUCACCUCAAAUGCUCAUAGAAGAGGCAAAACCUUCUUGUGGUCUUCAACUCAUCUUCAAGAAACAACCAUCACUUUCAAUAUUCACUGAAAACAGAAUCGAAGAUGAUGAUGGCUACCCCUUAGAGAUUCUCCUCGUAGACACUGCAACAGGAAAGAAGCCUAUAACAUCAUUUUCCUCAUCAAUCAAAGUAGAACUGGUCGUUCUAGAUGGAGAUUUUCCUUGUGAUGAUUCUGACAACUGGUCCACUGUUGAUUUCAAUCGCCAUAUAGUAAAAGAAAGGACAGGAAGAAGGCCAUUACUUACUGGAGAUAUUGCUCUUACCCUCAAAAAUGGAGAAACCUCCAUUGAUGAGCUGAAAUUCACUGACAAUUCAAGCUGGAUCAGAAGCAGACACUUUAGAAUCGGUGCUCGAGUUUCAUCUGGGAGUCUGAGAGGUUUUGACAUUCGAGAAGCUGCAACCAGUCGUUUCAUGGUUAAAGAUCACCGGGGAGAAGCUUAUAAGAAGAACUACCCCCCAGCACUUGGUGAUGAUGUAUGGAGGCUUGAGAAGAUUGGUAAGGAAGGUGCCUUCCACAAGAAGUUGAUGGCUAAGAACAUCAAGACUGUUCAGGAUUUCUUGAAGCUAUCAGUUAUUGAUUCUCCUCAACUGCAAAAAAUUCUAGGAAUGUCUCCUCGAAACUGGGAGGCGGCCAUCUAUCAUGCUAAGACCUGCCCAUUGGGUGACAAGUUAUACAUACACCAAUGUCCUCCUUAUUCCAUUGUUCUAAGCCCUAUUUGUGAAGUUGUGAACAUUGCCGUUGAUGGGGUCUCAUGGACAUUCCAAGAGCUCAGCAUGCCAAUGAGGGCCACUGUGCAGGAGUUAGUUCUGGAGGCUUAUAACUGCUGGGAUAGGUUGGAAGAGAUCAGCCUUCCACCACAAGCUGAACCAGUAGCCAUUGAACCUCCUUAUCAGAUUGAAAGUUUUCUGGAGGUAGAUCUAAUACCAAAUGAUUUGCAAAUGGAGCUUUAUAAUUGGCCACCAGCGGAGUAAAAAAGAAAAAAUUUGGAGGAAAUUUGUGUGUAAAUUGUUGUAAACUGUUAGUAGCCACCCUGAUUGCACAUAAAUGAUAGAAUGUGCAAGAAAACAAGAGGUGGCUAAGUUUUCCUUUGUUAUUUCUUUCAGAAUUUUUUCAGUGUGUGCUAUGUUGUUUGUCAUUAAUUUAAUUUGUUUAUUGGGUCAUCUGUCAUGUAAAGUUUUGCUUGAAAAGGUACAAAUGAAUAAACAGAUUAGCUGAACAGUUUAUUGUAACUAAUAUUUGGUUUUGA